CUCCUCCUCCCAAACAGAGCAUAAGAUGGUGCCCCGCACAAUAGCCUCCGAAAUAUGCCCUUUGGAGAAAGAUUCCUUCCGCUUCAUAUACAUAGGGCGAACCACCGGAGGGCCUCCCUGAAAAACAGACCUUGCGUAAUUUUUUUACUCCGAAAGUCCUUCUUGAGGAAAGGUUGCUACGAACACGGCCGUUGUACAAAGGCAUAUCCGGUGUUCUCGUCCGUACAGCGCACAUAUAGCGACGUAUUUGUACAGUACCUUUCCAGUUCUCUUCACCAUCGGCCUCACCGGAAUGGGGAGCUCGAAGUCGAUAUCGGCGUACGGUUCCAUCGUCAGUCUUCUUCUUACGACGGUCCUAGCACCGAAUCAUGUGUCGUCUCAAGCAGCUUGCGCGCCCAGCAACUAUGUCGGCGUGUGCAGUCGAGUCGGGCUGCAGUCCGACGCCGGUUACCCAAUAUCACUUUCUCCCGCCGCCGCCGCCCAAGCCGACCAGAGCCUUACGCAAUCGUCCGGCGGAACGUUCGCUUUGAAAGUGCUCUUGGUCAACUUCGAGUGCGGUGCAGCUCUGCAAGCUCUGAUGUGCACGCAGAACCUCCCUCAAUGCGUAAAUGGAAUACAAAAAGUGACGUGCAAAAGCAGCUGCAGGCAGGUGGUUGACCUGUGCGUACCAAUCCUCAAAGCGAAAGGGAUAACGUACCCCUUACCGGACUGUGAUGCACCUGCCGAUGCAAACUACGCUCGGACAACGCAGUUCUACGAUGACGAGAUAGGAAACGUGAUCAAAGCCGACAGCAAUUGCGUGAAACCGGAACUGCUCCUUGCGAAAGCGUCAGCAAAUUUCACUUGCCCUGAACCGUGGGUCAAGAACCCAUACUAUCCCGGUGUAGCCCCGACGCCAUCUUGUCAUGGGCCCUGCUGCCUUCCUUGCCCGGUCGGCAGGGUCUUCCAGCCUCCGGGCGUGUUCGACCUCGAAGUAAAAAUUCAGCAAACGUUCCACCUGACCACAUUCUUCCUGGCGCUCUACGUGGCAGUUUCGUACCUCGUCUUGCCAGGACGUCGGGAACAUCCCGGUGACAUUGUCUUCCACUUCGCGACGGCGGCAUGCAUUUGGAUGGCAGUAGCGUUGUGGACGACGCCGAACGUGAAGAAGAUUCAGUGUGCCGCCGACGGGGUCACACCAUCCACCGCUGCCAACAAUACCCUCUGUGGGGUGCAAGCUGCCUGGGUGCUGGUCGGCGCCCAUGCGUGUGUUUUGUGGGGAGCGUACAUGAUUUGGAACUUACACCUGACAAUCGUCCACAAAUCUAAUCUCCUUGCCCGCUACAAACCGCUCGGCAUUGUCGUCUGCUGGGGCACCCCACUGUUCCUCAGUCUGCUCACCGUUCUUAACAACAAGAUCGACGCCUCCACCGGACCAUUAUGCUUCGUCACGUCCAAUGCGGCUAUCAAGUAUGUCUUCGCCUUCCAAGGCGUCGUCGUCAUUCCGACCGUCCUGGUCAACGCAUGGACGUUCGUGCACAUCGGGAGAAUGGCACGCUUGACGAGCGGGGACAGCCGGAGUGGGCUUGGAAGUGACAACUCGGAGAGUGGGCUGACCGGGCGUAGGAAGCAGCAGUUCAUGGCCCUGGUCAAGUUGAACUGGAGAGCCUUGUUGUUGGGCUGUGUGUUUUUGACCACAUAUGUCGCCUACUUCACCGCCUUCUUCGUCCUGACCCAGUUGACAUCCAGCGGCGAUCCGCUCGCCCUCUCCUGGGUACCAGACUUCCUAUUGUGCCUCCUCACGAACCCGCCAUCAACAUCUCAAGCCAUUUGCACCACAAAAUUCUCCCAGUUCUUGCCCUCGGGAGCAGUAGUGAUCAGCACGCAUAUCACGACCAGUCUCGUGGGCGUGUGGGUUUUCGUUGUCUUUGGAUGCCAGCCUGCGCUUCUCCGGGAUUGGAGGAGGGUCUUUGCGGGCAGGAAAGGAGCUGCCGCGGACCACAAGAUGUUUAUGAGCAGGGCGUAAGGGACACAUCCACCGACUGCUGAUUGAAAGCAUUAGUUUUGAGAACGAACGGCGUAAUGCAUUUUCUGACUCUUCAUAUUCCCAAGGUGCCUGAAUUCUCCCUCCCAAGUUUUUGUACAUAACAGUCUCCCCGCCUCAUGUUUUACGCAUAGCGUUCAAUUUGUAUAUAUUUCCUCAGAAUCUACAGUACAUGUGUCACUUG